AUGUCGGAAAGGUUUAAGGUGACGAAGUUUGAGGAGCCGAACAAAACUUAUAAGAACUAUGGCGCCACCUCCGCCGAGGGCGACGUGGAGUUGAAAGGCAAGCUGCUUCCUGAUCCAGCAUGUUUUUGA